UUAUUGUUCCCUCUCCCGCAGACAGUGGUCGCUGCACGGGCGGAUUGGGAUGGAUUUAUAGCACGGGAAAUCGCUGCGUUAUGAAUUUCAUAAAAUCUAUGAUUCUCAGCUGUGGACUGUAUUCCCUCGAGAUCUUGCAAGAUUUGUUUACUCAUUCUCCUCUCUUAAAUACGUAAAAAGGAAGAAUUGUGCGUUUUCUGAAAGCCUCUUGUUGUUUGUAAAGCAGGCCGCGCAGGCCUCGGAUUUUCCUAAAAACUUGUCCGGCAUGCUGCGAUUGGCCCUUGGGGGAGUCGCGGCAUUUUACACCCGGUGUCGAGCCAUGGUAUGCACCUAUUGCCCGGUUUGACUGCAACGGCUGAAGCAUAUUGAUCUACAGUUGUCUGAAAGCUGUUGACACUGCCAACAAAAUUUACUGUGAAUCUGGUCUUUUCAACACCUCAACGGAAUUGCUGACCUUUGUAAAGAAAAUUGACACUCCACAGAGACAAAUAAAUAAACUGUGGUGCUUGGAAAAGAAGCAAUACCAUAUUAAAAGACUUUUUUACAUUAAGAUAGUAGGCCGGAGGCUUUAGAAUGGCAUCUGUUCCGGUUUACUGCCUGUGUCGUCUCCCUUAUGAUGUCACCCGAUUCAUGAUUGAGUGUGAUGUUUGUCAGGACUGGUUUCAUGGCAGUUGUGUUGGUGUGGAGGAGGACAAAGCAGCAGAAAUUGAUCUGUAUCAUUGUCCUAACUGUCAGGUGACACAUGGACCAUCUGUCAUGCGUAAACGGCGAGGAGCUGUAAAACACGCUGAUGUUGGAUUGGGGAGAGACUCAGGGCGACCUGUGAAGACGGGCAGUGCUCAGUUUGUCAGAGAGCUACGCUGUCGCACUUUUCCCAGUGCUGAUGAAGUCCUGCUGAAGCCGACCGGUGCUCAGCUUACGGUUGAGUUUCUAGAGGAGCGCUCGUUCAGUGUCCCAGUCCUGGUCCUCAGGAAAGAUGGCCUGGGCAUGAAUCUGCCCCCGUCGUCCUUCUCUGUAACAGAUGUGGAGCACUAUAUUGGUACUGAAAAGGAAAUUGAUGUGAUUGAUGUCAGUCGCCAAGCAGACCUCAAGAUGAAACUGGGAGAGUUUGUUGAGUACUACAACAGCCCAAACAGAGAUCGAGUGCUCAAUGUGAUCAGCUUAGAGUUCUCAGACACCAGGUUGUCUAAUCUGGUGGAGACACCAAAGAUCGUGAGGAAGCUGUCAUGGGUGGAGAACCUCUGGCCUGAGGAGUCUAUCUUUGAGAGGCCUAAUGUGCAGAAAUACUGCCUAAUGGGAGUGAAGGACAGUUACACAGACUUCCACAUUGACUUUGGAGGAACCUCCGUGUGGUACCACGUACUCCGGGGUGAAAAGAUCUUUUACCUCAUUCGCCCCACUGCUGCUAAUUUGUCUCUUUUUGAGCGCUGGAGUUCAUCCUCCAAUCAGAAUGAGCUGUUUUUUGGGGAUCAGGUCGACAUGUGCUACAAAUGUUCAGUUAAGCAAGGAAACACCCUCUUCAUCCCGACAGGUUGGAUUCAUGCUGUCCUGACCCCUGUGGACUGUUUGGCAUUUGGGGGAAAUUUUCUACACAGCCUCAACAUUGACAUGCAGCUUCGAGCCUAUGAAAUAGAAAAGCGACUGAGCACGGCAGACUUAUUCAAGUUUCCAAAUUUUGAGACCGUGUGCUGGUAUGUUGGCAAGCAUCUCCUGGAUACUUUCAGAGGUCUAAGAGAGAAUCGGCGGCAUCCCGCCACUUACUUGGUCCACGGAGCCAAAGCUCUGAAUAAUGCUUUCCGCGGCUGGACACGGAAGGAAUCCCUGGGUGAGCAUGAACAGGAGAUACCUGACACAAUAAAGACGCAGCAAUUAGUGAAGGAUCUGGCUAAGGAGAUACGCCUGGUUGAGGAUAUCUUUCAGCAGAACAUCGGCAGGAGCGGGACACCCUUCGGCGGCUCUCAGGGUCUUCCUUCUCCACACCCCAAGGCUCAGUUAAACACACCUCUCACUUUUAGCCAGCACCUAAGUAAAAAGAGAGGCCCAAAGCCAAAGGAGGCAUUUGGAGGAGGUGGAGUAGGCCCUCCGGGAGCAAAGAAAAAGAGCCAGAAAGGCAAAGAGAUAAAGACGGAAGCCGGAGAGCUGGAUCUGCUGGAGAUUCAUACUAAACACACACUUAAGAAGUUCCAACCUGGUUGUAAAGUCAAAAAGAGCAAGCUUGAGCUGCCUGAUGACUGUCUAGAUGAUUUUGAAGAGAAGAUCAACAAGAGCAAGCUCAAGCUUGUGCUAACUAAUGGAAAGCUUCAAGGGAAGAAAGGACGUGCUGGCAGUGCGAAUGGAGCUGGGAGUUCACUUCAGCAGUUCCAGCCCCACAUGGCUACUUUGUCUGAUUUUGAUUCAGAAGACGAGCUUCAGAUUGAUGAAACCCCUCCACCACGCCGUAGGCCAUCUUUACCAAGCAAGAAGAAAUUAGCUGGUCUGCCAAGGAAACUACCACGGGCCAAACCAUGCAGUGACCCCCACAGAAUCCGUGAGCCAGGAGAAGUGGAUUUUGAUAUUGAGGAGGAUUACACCACUGAUGAAGAGAUGCUCACAAUGCAGGGUGUAAAAGGCGGAGCAGGUGGGAUUUUAGACUUGCUUAAGGCAAGCAAACAGGUGGCGGGCCUAGAUUCUGCACUGAGUGAGGAAGCACCGGCCUCCCCCAGCACCCGUGAUGCUAUCCAGGGCAUGCUUUCGAUGGCAAAUCCUCCAUCCUCAUCAUCCUCUUCGUCCUCUUCCUCUCCUCUGUCAAUCUCUGGAGGAGGUGAGAUGAUGGGGCUUAUGAAGGAAAAAGGAGGGAGAGAGGGGUGGAUGAGUGGAGUCAAGAAGAGCGAGAGGAAGGCCGUCUUUCAGAGGCCAGGGAAACGGCCCAUCAAGCGUCCAGCACGCCACCUCAGUGAUGAUGAAAGCUUAGAUGAACAGGAGACACUGGGUACCUGUUUUAAAGACUCUGAUUAUGUGUAUCCAUCACUAGAGUCUGAUGAGGAGGAUCACGUAAGCAAGUCCAAAAUGAAAAGGAAGCGAAACUGGGAUGAUACCCCUUGGAGUCCCAAAGCCCGUGUAACCCCUACAUUGCCGAAGCAGGAGCGACCGGUGAGAGAGGGUGCCAGGGUUGCAUCUGUAGAAACCGGGCUGGCAGCUGCGGCAGCCAAACUGGCACAACAGGAACAGCAGAAAACCAUAACCAAGAGGAAAUACACCAAGAAGAAGACCCCUCAAGAGAAGGUACACUCUACAGUUGCCCAGCUCCAGCAUCAGCCGGACUCUGCACCCGUGUCUCCUCCUCUGCCCUCUGAGCCUCCAGUGGACUGUAUAGUUGAGGAGAGGAGAGUGGAGGUUUACUCUGCCAGCCUGCUGGACCACGAGUACACUGCAGGACCCGGUCCGUUCAGCCCAGGAGGUCCAAGAGGAAGUGGUGCCAUGGCCCCUGGCGUGUUCUUGACUUCCAGACGCCCCUCACUGUCUCCCCAAAACAGCAGCAGCUACUCUCCCUCUGCCCCCUCACCUGGCGGACUGGUGACUCCAACAUCAGCUGGAGCAUGUCAAGGGAAACGUCCAAAGAAAGGACUUGCAACAGCUAAACAGAGACUGGGAAAGAUUCUGAAAAUACACCGGAACGGCAAGCUGCUGCUGUAGAUUUCAAACCAGGAGAGGAGACUGCAGGGAACAAUACAGAUUUAGAAAACGGAGAUGGAUGAGACAGGACCUGAGUGAUUUUGGCGUUAAAUUAUGUGACUGUUUUAUGGUUAAUACUCAGCUUGCCUGGUUUUAUUUGCCUCAUCGGGAUAAAAAGUGAAAAGAACAAAAACUUGCUGUGAGAAAAUUCAAGUAAAAUCUGUCUAGCAUGGUGUUUUAGCAUAGAAAUUUCAGUCUCAAACUCAAAAUAGAGCUAAACAGAAGGAUACCUUAAACCAUUAAUGGAUACUGGUGAGUGAUGACUGUGUUGCAAUAUUGAUGAAUAUGAUCUGCAUCCAUGUACGCUCCCCUUAAACCUUUUUUGUUUCAUAAAUAUUAGUUGAUUUUUAGUUUUAACCAUAUAGAUAUUUAGAAAACAAAAUUUAAUGCCCUUGACGUUAGGUCAAGUUGCUUGAAGUUAUCAACAAAAAGAUCACUGAAAAGAUUCUUAAUUGGUUGAUAUAAAAAUUUGACUUCCCAAAAAUAGGAUUGGGAUGACCUGACCUGUCCAAUGGUUGCGUAUUUAAUUCUUAAUUCCUCAGCAGUUUGUAAAUGUCACAGUUUCUCAUAGCUAUUUGACCCAAUCUCCUCCCAAAGCCAUGCAUCAUUUUUGUUUACAUGCUUCAUUAAUGUGUUCAUAUCGAAUUCUUUUAUAGAAGACCGUUUGAUGCACCAUUGACCGUAAUUGCUGUAGAUGAAGUCCUGUAGUAACGUCCUUUUGCUUGUUAAAAAUGUUUUAAACCAUAGUGAACUAACACAUUUUUAUUAACAGUUGUAUUUUAGAUGUGUAUAUAUUUUACGUUUGUCUUGUUUUGUUUUCGUUGGUUUGUUUUCCACUCAGCAUGGGCAGUGUAAUGUCCUGUCAGCGUUCGGCCAGAGUUGUCUUGUUGGCCUUCCCAUCGAUACCACACUUACAAAGUUGAAAAGUAAAGGUUGAGUUCAGUGGUGGGCACAUUUUUAGUAACUGUAAAGAACAUGGAAAUUGAUUUUAGAGCAGUUUGAGAUCAGAUCAGUGAUUCUGUAGGUUCAGUGUACAUAUUUGGUGUUUUAUUUGUAUUUUGUUUUUGAAAGAAAGAAAUUGCAUUUGAGUCUUUCUUGACACAACUUGUACAAAAAUACAUGUUUUGGUUAAGUAUAACAGCA